CGUCUCUAGUCUUCGUCGAGUAACAUUUCAAAGGCGUCAUCUUUAACUCCAGCACUUUUGCGGGAUCGACGUUCUUCUUUGGGUCUGUGCGUCCUUCGUUAACCAAAGCAGAAUUUGCUUUACAAGCAUCCGAGAUGAAAGAUAUUCCAAAAGUGCCAAAAAUGAUGGAGUGAGUGAUAGUCAAAGUUACAUGACAGAUCUUGAAGUGGGUAUCUAUUAAAGUGAUCCAAUUAUUCAGCUUAUGCACAGGUUUUGAGUUUCUGACUCAGAUUUGAACUGGGUUACUUUUCAUUUUCCAAUCAAAGGGAACUUUAGCUUUAUUAUUCACUUUGGAAUGGAUAUGGCACUUUAAUCUGGUGAUAUCUGGAAUCGAAGUGUUGAGUUCGGUUUCUAUACUAACAAUGGCUUACCCAUCCGAGCAUGCGUUCUGUAGUCAUGGUGCUUUGAGGCUGGUUAUGGUUUUGGUUGGCUUGUGCUUAGUUGGGUACAUCGUCCGAUCCCCAUUGUACACGACGAGAAGUUCAAGUGCUCAAGGUUCAUGUCCUUGUUCUUGUGACUGCUCUGAAGAGUCUGUGUUCUCCUUGCCAUUAGGAUCUCUCAACGGCUCAUAUGCAGACUGCGGUAAAGAUGAUCCAGCGAUGAAUGAAGAAAUGGAGAAAAAUACUGUCUCUUUACUAUCAGAGGAACUUAAUUUACGGAAAAUUGUUGCCAACGAGACCAUGGAACGCACCAAGGCGUCAAUUGCAGAUGCCAGGAAAGGCUCUUCUCAGUACCAAAAAGAAGCGGAAAAGUGCAAUGCAGGAAUGGAAACAUGUGAAGCAGCAAGGGAGAGUGCUGAGAAGGAACUCAUCGAGGAGUUCAAGCUUUCAGCUCUGUGGGAGAGGCGAGCUCAACAACUGGGGUGGAAAGAUGUUGGUAGAGUAAAUACAUGAGUCAGAUAAUAGCAUUGUUCUUUCCUGGCAGGCAGGGAUCCGCCGCAUUACUGUAUCUAUCUAGUGUUACUGAGAAUCAGAUGCAUUGAAUUUGAACUGCUUUCAUGUAAAUGAAAUUUGAUCAUUGAUGUGGUUCUAAUUCUCUUCCCUAGUACCCAA